ACUGCACAUCAAGGUACUUUGUGAACGGAAAACAGAAAACGAAAUUAUAUACCAGGACCUUGUUGUGUAGCCUGAAUUUUUAAAAUUUUGAACUUGGUUUAUUAGAUACAUGCACUAACUUCAUCCAUUGUCCACAGACUCGUGAAUUGUUUUUUUCACAUUAUUUUGUCAUGAAGAACGUAAUAUUCUUAUGAGAUUUAUGACUUAAGAGCUAUAGGAUUUAAGAAGUGCUUUUCUAUGGAUUUAAAACUAUACGAUUUCCAAAUCUCAGAAUUUAUAUAAAGCCUAAUGACAACGGAAACACUGAAAGAGGAGGAUAUCGGUAAUUGCGAAUGCAGUGAAAAAAUAUCUGAGGAAAAGAUCUCAAUUGAAGAUACCGAUGAUGAUGAUGAUGAUUAUAAAUUAACUUUAAAAAAUCUUUGGGGUACAGAUAUAGCUAAUUAUUUUUUACAUCCAAAUUUUCAAAAAACUACAAAAAUUAAAACAAUUACAAAUCAAUCAAUUACCAAUCAAUCAAUUCCAAAUCAAUCAAUAAAUGAUAAUCUUUUCAUUGGUGGUUAUCCAAACGGUAUGUUACAUGGUGCUCGUAUACCAUUUCAUUAUAAAUUAAAAUCAUGGUUAUUUGAUUUAAAACAAAUUAAUAUGAAUCAAUCAAUUGAUAAUCGAAAAUCAAUAAAAUCGAUCAAAUCAAUGAAAUCAAUAAAAUGUCCUAUUAUUUCUCAUUCACCAAUUAGAACAAAUAGUGUAUUUAAUUUAAUUGAUUUAUUAAAAUAUCAUAUAGGAACAAAUUAUAGUGCACAAUAUUUAUGGAAUUUAUUAAGAUAUAAAUCAUAUGAACAAUUAAUUAAUUAUGAAAAACAAUUAACUAAUGAAGAACAAAUUACAUAUAGUGCAUUUACACAUGAAUAUGUAUUAAAGGGGAAAGAAAAGCCACCUUUAUGUGAUUUUAUUCGUGAAAAUCCAUCAAAUUCAUUAAUGAAUAUCAUGAAACAAUUAAAAUCACCAUCAAUUGAGAAACAAUUACGUAAAAUGAAUUUAUCUGUAUCAUGGGCUAAUAGAAAUCAAGAUCAAUUUCGUAUGAUCUCAUUUCAACAAAAUUUAAAAGAUGCAAUCAAAUCCAUUGAAACUAAUCAGUUCACAUCUUCAUUAUUGAAUAAUAAUCAAAUGAAAAUAAAGCAUGAAUUGGAUUCGAACUUAAAAUUGAAUGAUCAACAAGUUGAUCAAUUAAUGUCAUUCUAUCCUACCUUGAAAAAUAAACAAAAUGAAACAUUCAUUGAUAAUGAUAUUCAACCAUUAGAAAAUUACUUUCCAGAUUACUCUAAAAUACAAGAUUCCAUCAAAAAAGUAUCAAAAUUACCUAAUAGUGAAAGUAUGACAAAGAAGUCAACCAAAUCAUUUGAUCAUUUAUCAUUUUGGCAUGCAAAUCAAUCAAUCAAGUCUCCAAAGAAAACUGAAAUAAAAUAUCAAUCUAUAAACAAUAAACAAGAGAAAACUUCAUAUCAACUUAAAUCUUUAAGAAAACCAUCUAAUAUUUCAAUAUCUACUUCAUCAAUUGAUAAGAAAUUACAACCUCUUUGUUGGUCUGAUCUACUUGAAACCAAUAAACAAAGAGAUUAUUCUAAACAAAUUAGUGGAUUAUAUUCAUCAUUAUCUAAUGAGAAUUCAAGAAAUAAUUCAAUGGAUUGUUCAUUUAUAAAGAAAACAUUAUGGAAACCAGCUAAAGCAAUUGUAUCAUAACUUUAUAAUAUCACUUUGUCUUCAUCAUCUUCUUCUUCAUCGUUGUCCACACUGUCAGGAUACUGUAACUUGGUGAAUUAUCUUUGCUUUUUUUAUAUUAUUCAGAAUCUCAAUGAUAACAAAGAGUUAUUAGAAAAAAAAUAACGCUGAAUGGUUGUUUCGUUCUAAUAUGGGACUACUAAGCAAAGCGCAUAUGAAACAGUAUCAUACAAGGAAUUGAAACCAAGACUUAUGGUAUCGUACAUGAAUGCUUAAACACUAGACUAUUGAGUCGGCUUACAUUAGUGUAUACAUCCAAAAUUUUAGUUAGUUCAUGAUAUUGUGCGAUUGUUUUCGUCUUCGUGUUGUCUAAAUCUUAUUUUCCAACUAUUCAAAGUAUUGUCACAUACUUACUUACGCCUGUUACUUUUCGUGAAGGAGCAUAGACCGCUCACCAGCAUUCCCCAUCAAACACUGUCCUGGGCAAUUCUUUCCAGCUCCUUCUAGUCGUUAUUCAUCCUUUUCAUAUCUGCUUCUAUUUCCCCACGUAAUGUGUUCUUUGACCUUUCUCUUUUCCACUUCCCUUCAGGAUUCCAAGUCAGGGCUUGCCGUGUGAUGCAGUUUGACGAUUUGCGUAAUGUAUGUCCUAUCCAUUUCCAUCGUCUUUUCCUAAUUUCCUCUUCGUCUAGAGGCUGGUUUGUUCUCUCCAACAGUAGACCGUUGCUGAUAUUGAGUAUCUUGAGUAGACAAUUGUUUAUAAAUACUUGUAUCUUCUUGAUGAUUGUGGUAGUUCUCCAAGUUUCAGUUCCAUACAGU